AAUAUCUCUUCGAGCCGUCCUCCCGACGUGGGUCACGUGUCCCCCAGCGACGCUCGGUAGUGGGCGGGGCUUCGCCUCAGAUUGAAGGAGGGUGGUAGACAGGCUGGAGUGCGGCUCACGGAGACUUGUGCGAACGCCGCUUGAUUUGUAUGGAUUGUGUUCUGUGACUCUCCUGUCAGCAUGAACGAAUGAGCUUAUGCAACAAGCUGAGGGAAAUGGCUUUUGAAUUGUCCCAGUCCUGCCACGUACAGUCAGUCCUCCUCCUCCUCCUUCUUCGCUGAAGGACGUCAGCUGUUUAUGGGAACUACUGGCAUCGGUCUCCUGAGGAUUUAGCUUUCCUUUGGGACACCUCCCCCCCCACCACCCCCCAACCCCACAGCAACAUGGCUAACAACUCGUACAGCGGGGUGAAGAACUCCAUAGCGGAGCCCAAUCACGAUGGAGAAUUCGGCUGCUCGCUCAAAGAGCUGCGCUCACUCAUGGAACUGCGGGGGGCCGAGGGAUUACAAAAAAUCCAGAAUACUUACGGGGACGUUAACGGACUCUGCAGCAGACUGAAAACUUCACCUAUAGAUGGUUUAAGCGGGAGCCCCACCGAUAUCGAAAGCAGAAAAUCAGCGUUUGGACAGAACUUUAUACCUCCGAAAAAGCCAAAAACUUUUCUUCAAUUAGUAUGGGAAGCAUUACAAGACGUAACGUUGAUCAUUCUCGAGGUGGCAGCCAUAAUUUCAUUAGGCCUUUCUUUUUAUAGACCUCCGGAAUCAAGUGAUAAAAAAUGCGGAGAGGGAACAGGAGGAGUGGAAGACGAGGGCGAGUCCGAGGCGGGAUGGAUCGAAGGAGCAGCCAUCCUCCUUUCUGUAAUCUGUGUGGUGCUAGUGACUGCCUUCAACGACUGGAGCAAAGAGAAGCAGUUCCGUGGCUUACAGAGCCGCAUUGAACAAGAGCAGAAGUUUACAGUGGUGCGUGCCGGGCAAGUCAUUCAGAUCCCCGUGGCCGAGAUCGUAGUCGGGGAUAUCGCACAAAUCAAAUACGGUGACCUCUUACCUGCCGAUGGCGUUCUCAUUCAAGGGAACGAUCUUAAAAUCGACGAGAGCUCUUUGACUGGUGAAUCGGACCACGUGAAGAAACUGCUAGAUAAAGAUCCUAUGCUGUUGUCAGGUACCCAUGUCAUGGAGGGCUCUGGAAAAAUGGUUGUCACUGCCGUCGGAGUCAACUCCCAGACCGGAAUCAUCUUCACACUGCUGGGGGCAGGAGAGGAGGACGAAGAUGACGAGAAAGAGGAGAAGAAGAAAGAAAAGGAGAGGAAGAAGGAUAAGAAAAACAAAAAGCAAGAUGGCUCUGUGGAGAACAGAAAGAAAGCUAAAGCCCAGGAUGGAGCUGCAAUGGAAAUGCAGCCCCUGAACAGUGACGAAGGGGCAGAUGCAGAGGAGAAGCGCAAAGCCACCUUGCCAAAAAAAGAGAAAUCUGUUCUCCAAGGGAAGCUGACUAAACUAGCAGUCCAAAUCGGCAAAGCAGGUCUGGUGAUGUCUGCCAUCACCGUCAUAAUCCUGGUAGUGUUGUUUAUAGUGAACACCUUUUGGGUGCAAGGCCUUCCGUGGGAGAAAAGCUGCACACCCAUAUACAUCCAGUAUUUCGUCAAGUUCUUCAUCAUCGGCGUGACCGUCCUGGUGGUGGCUGUCCCUGAGGGUCUGCCUCUUGCCGUCACUAUUUCACUGGCUUACUCCGUCAAAAAAAUGAUGAAGGACAAUAAUUUGGUAAGGCAUUUAGAUGCCUGUGAGACAAUGGGCAAUGCUACUGCCAUCUGUUCAGAUAAGACAGGCACUCUAACCAUGAACAGGAUGACCGUGGUGCAGGUUUACAUCGCAGAACAGCACUACAGGAAGGUCCCUGAGCCGGAAGUAAUCCCUGCCAGCACCAUGGACCUGCUCAUUCUGGGCAUCAGCGUCAACAGCGCAUACACCACCAAGAUCAUGCCUCCUGAGAAGGAGGGAGGUCUUUCCCGUCAGGUGGGCAACAAAACCGAAUGUGCCUUGCUUGGCUUUGUGUUGGAUUUGAAAAAAGACUACCAAGCAAUACGCAACGAGAUCCCAGAGGAGAAGCUCUAUAAAGUUUACACUUUCAACUCUGUCAGGAAAUCCAUGAGCACCGUGCUGAAGAACGCUGACGGAAGCUUCCGGAUGUUCAGCAAAGGAGCCUCGGAAAUUCUACUCAAGAAAUGUUAUAAGAUCCUUACAGCGAAUGGUGAGACCAAGGUGUUCCGGCCCAGAGACAGGGAUGACAUGGUGAAGAAAGUGAUUGAGCCCAUGGCCUCUGAAGGCCUGAGAACAAUAUGCCUGGCCUACAGAGACUUCCCCGCCUCCGAAGGAGAACCCGACUGGGAAAACGAAGCCGAUAUACUCACCAGACUCACCUGUGUGUGUGUGGUGGGCAUCGAGGACCCUGUCAGACCGGAAGUACCGGAUGCUAUUAGAAAGUGCCAGCGUGCCGGGAUCACGGUACGCAUGGUGACCGGGGACAACAUCAACACAGCCCGUGCCAUAGCAACCAAAUGUGGCAUCCUGCAGCCUGGAGAUGAUUUUCUCUGCCUGGAAGGAAAAGAAUUCAACCGGCGGAUACGCAACGAGAAAGGAGAGAUCGAACAGGAGCGGAUUGACAAAAUAUGGCCGAAACUCCGAGUCCUGGCGAGAUCCUCUCCGACAGACAAGCACACGUUAGUUAAAGGUAUCAUCGACAGCACUGUUGUAGAACAGAGGCAAGUAGUAGCAGUAACAGGAGACGGUACAAACGACGGCCCUGCCUUGAAAAAGGCUGAUGUUGGAUUUGCUAUGGGCAUCGCAGGCACAGACGUAGCUAAAGAGGCUUCCGACAUCAUUCUCACAGACGACAAUUUCUCCAGCAUUGUCAGGGCGGUCAUGUGGGGCCGCAACGUCUACGACAGCAUCUCCAAAUUCCUGCAGUUUCAGCUCACCGUCAACGUAGUGGCUGUGAUCGUGGCCUUCACUGGAGCUUGCAUCACACAGGAUUCUCCACUGAAAGCAGUACAGAUGUUGUGGGUAAAUCUGAUCAUGGACACCUUUGCCUCAUUGGCUCUGGCUACCGAGCCUCCCACGGAGUCUCUGCUGCUGAGGAAACCAUAUGGCCGUAACAAACCCCUCAUCUCCAGAACCAUGAUGAAGAACAUCCUGGGCCAUGCCGUUUACCAGCUCACCGUCAUCUUCACUCUGCUGUUUGCAGGUGAGAAGCUGUUCGAUAUAGACAACGGCCGUAACACCCCUCUCCAUGCGCCACCAUCCGAACACUACACCAUUGUCUUCAACACCUUUGUGCUGAUGCAGCUCUUCAACGAAAUCAAUGCCCGCAAGAUCCACGGCGAGAGGAACGUCUUUGAUGGUAUCUUCAACAACAUUAUCUUUUGCUCCAUUGUCUUUGGCACGUUCAUCAUCCAGAUUGUCAUUGUUCAGUUCGGAGGGAAGCCCUUUAGCUGUGUGGGUCUCAGCAUUGACCAGUGGCUCUGGUGCGUUUUCUUAGGCUGUGGCUGUCUGCUCUGGGGUCAGGUUAUCUCCUCCAUCCCGACCAGCCGCCUGAAGUUCCUGAAGACGGCCGGUCACGGAACUCAGAAGGAGGAGAUCCCAGACGAUGAGCUGGAGGACAUGGAAGAUCUCGAUGAGAUUGACCACGCUGAGCGUGAGCUUCGCAGGGGGCAAAUCCUCUGGUUCCGAGGCCUCAACAGGAUACAGACUCAGAUGGAUGUAGUGAGUGCGUUCCAGAGCGGCACUUCCUUUCAGGGGGCCCUCAGGCGUCACCCCUCGAGUACCAGCCAACAGCACGAUAUCCGAGUAGUGAAUGCAUUCCGCAGCUCCCUGUCCCCCUAUGAAGGGCUGGAGAAGCCCGAGUCGCGCAGCUCAAUCCACAACUUUAUGACCCACCCGGAGUUCCGGAUAGAGGACUCGGAGCCCCACAUCCCCCUCAUCGAUGACACGGAUGCCGAGGAUGACGCCCCUACGAAGAGAAACGCCACCCCUACACCCCCUCUGCCUCCCUCUCCAUCGCCCAACCAGAACAAUAACGCCGUGGAUAGCGGCGCCCACCUCUUCUUAGACAACAGCAAAUCAGCCACGCCCUCGGCCCCGGCGAGCCCCAUGCACAGCGUGGAGACAUCCCUCUGAUCAGCUCCGCCCCCCUCCCUUUCUCCACACUCUGAGCCACACCCACCUGCCGUCUCUCCAGAGACCUGUGCUCGCUCAGCGGACUCACGGGCGCAGAGCCGUGUGAGAUCUGGGAGCUUGGCUUGUGCUUGACUGAAACAAGAGCAAGCUUUCACCAGAAUGUAGGGUGUGGUUGUGAUAUGACCUUUUUUUUUUUUUUCUCCUUUUGUUUUUUCUUUUGUUGUUGUUGUCUUAUUUUAUUCUCGAACAUCCUCUCGGAGAGGGAAGGACUCUAUUUCCACCUCUGCUUAUAAAAUCUUUCUGUCCCCUUUGUGAAAACGGAGGGAUUGUUAAUUCAGAUUGAAAGUGACCUGUAUUUUGUAUUAUUAUUAUUAUUAUUAUUAUUAUUAUUAUUAUACUGAGGAGACUGUUCAAUGGUCUCUUCACGGCUUGCAGAUGAUUUAGCUGUAAGAUUAAUUUUUUCCUGAAUGGUGGUGUAUAUUUCUUUCUUUGGCCCUAGAUCACCCAGGUUCAUUUCUGCUCUAUUUGGCUGUUCAUAUUUGGAAUUAUUUAUGUUUUGUUUUUGUUUUUUUGAAAAAGGCAGGUCUGUUUACAAAGUUUGUAGAUACUUUUUUUUCUCUUUGUCGGUGAAGGAGCUUCCUGAUGCAGAAAAAAGGGGACAAAUAAAACAAAAAAAGAGAAUAAUAUUUCAGAUACUGCUGUAUUUUCAGGAAAAAAAGGGUGUUUCUAUGGAAACCGAACUAUUUUUGCCUGCAAGUUUUAUUUGUUAUAUAUUUGUGGAUACAUAGAGAUCUUCUAGCCAAAUAGAUAACACUAAGGCUUGUAUAGAAGCGAAGAGAAGCGAGGCGUCGAGGUCCAGAAGCUAGCGCGAGCGAGGACAUGGACACAGGCGAGGACCUCGGUCAGUACAUUUCCUUAGGCAUUUACUACUGCGUUUCUUCAGUUUUAAAGCUAGUUUAUCAUGCUUGUUAGGGACUGCGUCGUGUUCCCAGUUCAUCGAUCGAGAGAGUCGCUGUAACCGAACGCUGGGUUUCAAUGACUUCAGCUCGAUCGGAAAUGAAAUUUAAAGCGAGAGAGACAAAUCACCGACAUUUAUCAAGUUUGUAAUUGUUGUGUAGGAAGUCCACUGGUGACAUUUUCUGUCCCUGCCAAUAUGUGAUAUCGAGGCUCAUGAUCUCAGGCUAGGGGGAAAUAAAUAAAAUAAAAUAAAUCAAUCGAUCGGAUGUGAAAGGACGGGAAACAUGAAGAUGCAUCUUUUUUUUUCCUUUUGAAGUAAACAAUCGUGUUUCAAUUAACAUUUUAAAUUUGCAUAUUAAAAAAAACGCGUCUAAUUUGAGGUUUAAUUACUUGUUUCUUUUUGAAGACGUUUCCUCUUCGUACGGAGAGGACAACACCCUCGACACAUCGUAUUCUUUCUACAUCUUGUUCUAUUCAGAUGGCUGCGUUUGACUCGGCUGUGGAACAUUAUUUGGCACCUGUGAAAUACUGGAACUUACUAAAACGGAAGAAAAAGAAAA